GUACUCGUUAACCUUGAGUAUGCAUCUGCUCAGCAAAUAAUGAUUGUGCCUGGUAGCGGGCAUUAUUUAUUCCAUUUCAUAUGAAUAGAUUCAAGUCGGUUAUUCGUGCGGAUUACAUUGCCUGCCUCCCGCACCUUUCCCAAGCAAUGAAGUAUUUAACGCCGGCGUUUUGUCUAACAGCUGUCAUGCACGCACGCAGGGGCCAUUUCUACAAAUUCCCCGCACCCUAAAAAUAAAAAUAGAGGCCGCUUGGUUCUUCCUCUCCUCCCUACAACCAAAAGGUCAAUUGCAAAAAUGGCAAAUAUCCCAAGACCUGAACAUCCAAGACCAGAUUGGUUUAGACCAAAAACACAUUGGGAAACCUUGAAUGGUGAAUGGGAUUUCGCAUUUGAUGAUCAUGAUAUUGGUCAAGAUCAUGGUUGGUGGCAGUGGAACGGGGAAGGGAAAGGACCGUUUGAAAAGACGAUCAUUGUUCCAUUUGCACAUCAAACAGAAGCAUCUGGAAUCAAUGAUAAGAACGAUCAUGAAGUGAUCUGGUAUGCACGUACCAUCAGCAAACCGGCAAAUAUCGAAAAUGAUGAAAUGGAUCGUAUCAUUUUACACUUUGGCGCAGUGGAUUAUCAAUGCACCGUUUGGGUUGGAGGCGUUCAAGUUAAACAACACCAAGGUGGUCAUGUUGGCUUUAGUUGUGAUAUCACUCCACAGCUGAGACAUUUCGCAUUGAAGGAAGCUCAACAAAUUCCAAUCGUUGUUCGUGUUCGUGAUGCCCCACACGAUGUAACACAGCCACGUGGAAAACAAUAUUGGAAAUCGGACAUCGAAAGUAUAUGGUAUUAUCCUACUUCUGGUAUCUGGCAACCUGUUUGGCUUGAGCAUGUGGGAAGAUCUCAUAUUGACAAAGCAGUGAUCACGACAGAUAUCGAUCGUGGCACGAUUCACAUUGCAGCAGAUUUGGCAAAUGUAGGAACAAGCGGGCGUGAUGCACAUACGGCCGGUGCAUUUUUGGAAGCAACUGUGACACUGUCUGGCGUUUUCAUCGGAUCAAGUCGCAGCCUGAUCUCCAAUCAAACUGCAUCAGCUGCGGUGACAGUUGGAGUCUUGUUUGAUGGGAUCGAACGCCCAGCUUCACUAGCAGAGGUGAUCAAGAAGGAACAAUGGCAAGAAGGUCUUGCGCUUUGGAGCCCUGAUCAUCCAACGCUGUACGACAUUCAGCUAUCUUUGAUCACUUCUGAAGGUCAAGUGCUGGAUAUCGUUCAAACAUACACGGGCAUGCGUAAGAUCCAUAUCACAGACGGGAAGAUUUGUUUGAAUAACGUUCGUCUCUUCCAGGCUUUGAAUCUCGAUCAAGGAUACUGGCCAGGAUCAGGAUUAACAGCGCCAACUGAUGAAGCUUUUAAGAAUGACAUCGAAGGCAUGAAAGCGGUGGGCAUGAACGGUUGUAGAAAGCAUCAAAAGGUUGAAGAUCCACGAUUCUUGUAUUGGGCAGAUAAAUUGGGUUAUCUGGUUUGGGGUGAAAUGGCAAGCCCAUAUGCAUUCUCACAAGAAGCCAUUUUGCGAUUCCAGGCCGAAUGGACUGAAGCAGUCAUGCAACAGAUCAAUCACCCUUCCAUCAUCUCUUGGACACCUUUCAACGAAUCAUGGGGUGUGCCAAAUUUACCGCAAUCGCAAAGACAAAGAAAUUAUCUGACGGCAAUGUAUUAUCUAACCAAGACUCUUGAUCCGACUAGAUUGAUCAUUUCUAAUGAUGGCUGGGAACAAGGUACGAGCGAUAUGGUGGGAUUCCAUGAUUAUAUCGAUGCAAACAUCUUACGCAACACGGCCGCCAAUGUAAAUUUGAUCCUCAUGCCAAAGUCUGGCAAAGAUAUCAUCUUGCCAGGCGAACCGGCAUACGAUGGAAAGCCAAUCUUGUGCACAGAAAUGGGAGGUAUUUCAUUAGAAGGAGCAGAUGGAGAUCGAAAAGAUUCUUGGGGUUAUCAUAAAGCAGGAAAUGAAGAUGAAUUGCUUGAGCGUAUCAAAGGAGUUGUUGAUGCUAUCAUCGAUGGAGGUAUUUGUCAAGGCUUUUGUUAUACGCAAACUACGGAUACCGAACAAGAAACGAACGGAAUCCUUACAAAGGAACGUCAACAUAAAAUCGAUCCGGAAAAACUUCGUCAUGUGUUUGGCCGUCGACCUUUCUAUUGAGAAGAGUGUAUGCUGGUAUAGAUUUGCAUAGUGUAUAAAAUUU